AGUGACUUUGAGACAAUGGUUCCCACGGGAUUGUUAUUACUUCUGACUGCCUGCUGUGUGUCCGUGGCAUCCGCCGGAUUCGGCCUGGGCUUCGAUGGCGGUGGCCUUGGACUGGGAGGCGGUAGCGGUGGAUCUUCUGCCCAAGCAAGUCUGCCUGGAUUGAAUCUGGGUGGAGGAUACAAUGGUGAAAAUCCCAUUGGUCUUUCUGCCAGCGCAUCACAUACCGCUGGAUCUUCUGGAUCGAUUCUGCAUCAGGGUGCCAACGGUCUGCUGGGCGCUGCAGGAACUGGAGCCAACGUAGUCCACUCUGUGGGAUCAAUUGCAGCCUCUCACGGGGCUCAGGCCGCCAAGGGACUGCUGGGAGCGGUAGGAGCUGGAGCCGAUGCUGUUCACUCUGCAGGAUCAACUGCAGCCAAUCACGGAGCUCAGGCUGUAAACGGUCUUUUGGAAACAGCAGGAUCUGGAGUGGAUGCUGUGCACUCUGCAGGAUCCACCGCGGCUUCCAUUGGGGCUAAUCACGUCCACAAUGUCGCCUCUGGAAGUUCUGGUUCCGGCUCAGCUUCCCUGGGCACUGGGCAUUUGAGUGUCGGAGCCACAGGACAUUCAGACUCCGCUCCAUUGCCCUCCGGUCAUAUAAGUAUCGGAUCCUCUGGCAGCAGUGAAUCCUUGGGAGUUUCGGGUUCCAUGGACCUCCAUUCCAACUCCGGCUCAGCGACCAUUGGAGGUGCUAACGCAGUGCUAAAUGCAGUGGGAUCUGGAGCUUCAGGAUCAACAGUUGCCGCCCAUGGAGCUCAAGUUGUCAAUGGACUACUAGGAGUGGCAGCAACUGGAGCCAAUGUGGUACAUUCCGCAGGAUCAACAGCAGCAUCUCAUGGAGCUCAGGCCGUUAAUGAAGUUCUAGGAGUGGCAGCAACUGGAGCCAAUGUAGUCCACUCUGCAGGAUCAACAGCAGCAUCUCAUGGAGCUCAGGCAGUUAAUGAAGUUCUAGGAGUGGCAGCAACUGGAGCCAAUAUGGUGCACUCCGCAGGAUUAACUGCAGCAUCUCACGGAGCUCAGGCCGUCAAUGGAGUUCUAGAAGUGGCAGCAACUGGAGGCAAUGUGAUACAUUCCGCAGGAUCAACUGCAGCAUCUCAUGGAGCUCAGCCCGCUAAUGAAGUUCUGGGAGUGGUAGCGACUGGAGCCAAUGUAGUACAUUCCGCAGGAUCAACUGCAGCAUCUCACGGAGCUCAGGUCGUUAAUGGAGUUCUAGGAGUGGCAGCAACUGGUGCCAAUGUAGUCCACUCUGCAGGAUCGACUGCAGCAUCUCAUGGAGCUCAGGGUGCUGCCAUUUCCGCAUCAUCCCAAACAGCAUCGAACCCUGGAUCUCUUGGGAUUGGACAGUUGAAUAUUGGUUCUUUGGGUUCCUCUGGCUCUGGUUCCAAAGUAUCUUUCGGCUCAGCGUCCCUUGGUGUUGGCCAUCUGAACAUUGGAACUACUGGAGAAACUGAUUCCAGUUCAAUGGGGUCUUCAUCUGGACACUUGAGCAUCGGAUCAUCCGGAAUGACAGGAUCUAUUGGUUCUUGUGCAGGAUCUUCAAAGAUCAAUGCCGGACCUUUGAGUUUCGGGUCCUCUGGGAACACCGCCGCUAGUUCUUUGCACAGCGGUGUCGGAUCAAUUUCUCUUGGAUCUGAUGACCUGACAGUCGGAGCUAAUGGACACAAAUCCACCGCUGGGUCAGUUGGAUAUACUGGUGCCCACGAUGCUGCAUCUCUAGCCCAUAAAGUUGCCAGCGGACUGCUGGGACCUGCGGCGGGUUCGGGAAGCCUGUCGCUCGGAGGUAAUACUGCAUCCCUGGGAGCGAGUGGCACUCCAGAAAGCUAUUAUGGGGAAAGUGUCGGUCUCAAUGGAAACGGUCCUAGCCUCGGGGGAAAUCUAGGUGGAAAUUCUGGGAGUGCCGGUUUUGGCUUUGGCGGCGGUCACAUUGGUGGAUCCAUUAACCGAGGUGCUGGACUUUUCCUUGGCUAACUUAAGUUGUAUUUGCCCUUUAAUAUUUGAAAUAUUCCUUAGUAUUGUAAAAGUAACUUGGCAAUAUUUAGAAGAGAUCAUAACAGUCCAGAUAAGACAAAUAUAUGUAUUCAUUAACAUUAUCAUAUAAAAA